UAAUCCAACCAUCAGUCAACAUCUCUAGCUCGUACAAUCAUCAGCUCGCAGCAUUCUCCCAAACCAUCGAAAAAAUGCGUUCAGUUGGUGCAAUUUCUUUGGCCUGCCUAUGCCUUGUUGUUGCUAUAUCGAUGAGCAACGGCUACCCCCAGGAACUGGCAGAUGAAGUACAAUCCUACGCUAAUACUUUGUUUGACGAACUUCCGGAGGAAUCGUAUCAAGCUGCGGCGGAAAACUAUCGUCUGAAGCGAGCCACAUGCGACCUACUAAGUGGAUUCGGCGUCGGAGAUAGUGCCUGCGCUGCCCACUGCAUUGCCCGUGGCAAUCGUGGCGGUUACUGCAAUUCAAAGAAGGUCUGCGUUUGCAGGAAUUGAUUGAACGAGCAAAGGAACUGCUGCAUGAAAUGUGUACCAAUGAAAUUAUAAUGUUCCUAUUAAAUUGUAUUCGUAAUAUUUUCAGUUGAAGAUUUUUAAAUAAAGCAAAACGGCCUUCCUUGCAAUAGGAACAGCUACAA